AUGGAGAAUUACCUGACAGGCGCUGUAAUUGGCGAAGGUGCCUAUGGAACCGUAUACAAAGCUACGUGUGGAAAAACCGGAAAAGAGUUUGCCUUGAAAUUACACAAGCACGGGUUAGAGGAUGCAACCGUGAGAGAGCUAUCCUGUCUGACUGCAUUACAGGGUCACCCUUACGUGAUUCAGAUGCACGAAUGUUUCAUCCACAAUGGAAAGAUGGCCAUGCUCAUGUCCUACGCACCCUACACAUUGUCUAACGUGAUUCACACUGGACACCUUCUCGGUUGCACGCAGGUCCGAGCGCUCCCGUUGAGUUUCGUGGCUCGUUUUUCAGUUCAGGUGGCUGAAGCACUGUCUCACAUGCACAGACUGAAUCUGGUGCACCGGGACCUGACUCCGUUCAACGUGCUGUUGACAGAGGAUCUAACUGUGCAAGUGGCUGACAUGGGCCUCUCUAGACAUUCCUGUAAAUGGAUGAGUACGCCUGUGGUCACGGAGGUUUACAGGGCCCCUGAAUUGUUUGUCAAAGGCGGACUCUCAGAGUACACUUGUUCCAUAGACAUGUGGAGCCUGGGGGUGAUGAUUGUCGAGGCUAUGGAAGGGAAAGUGGUAUUUGCGAACCCUGGGAUGUUCACUUAUGAAAUCAUUGUAAGGACACUGUGCCCCCAAAGCGAUGCACUGGGGUGGACCCCUUGUGACCCUAACACCAUAAUGUCCAAGGUGAUGGAGUGUGCACUGGUCAAGCGGAUCGUAUUCCAGUUGCUGGCCUUUCGCGAGAAUGAGAGACUUUUGGCACACGAGUUGCUGAAGGACACAGAAUGGACUGAGGCUGCGUAUAUGACCAAAGCAGACAAAGACCUGGUUAGAGACCGGAUUGAUCGAAAGCGAGUGGACAAAAAAGAAACAAGCAAUAGCGUGAACGUGAUUAAUCACUAA